AUCCUUGCAUUAGCUGUUAAGUCAGCUUACUGAUACCCAAAUCAUAGUUGCCGCAAACAUUUUCAAGUGUAUUUAAAAUUGAAAUUGUGAGUUUUUAUAGUAAGUUUCCACUUCACCAUGGCGGAUCCGAUUAACACCGACAUCGAUGAGAGUGGAGCUCCGCCCAUCGGAGGCGAUACUUUCGCCAUGAACAAGCGGCUGGAUUGCGAGCAUUUAGAUCAGAUGACGGAUAACUGGACCGAUUAUCAAAGACCCUCGUUUGUCACCGCACUUCUGCGAUUCUUCGGCAACGUAUUUGUCGACAUAUUUAAUGCGAUUUUCGGCUGAGAUACAUAUACAAAUAUAGUUGUAACUGUUGGCGGAGAGCAGUCAUUGGUUCAGUAGUAAAACUAAUAAAAUCGUUAGUUGUAAAAA